CCGGGAGAUCGGAAACUAUUGUAAACACUCGGUUAAGGUUAACCAUUAAACUUUGAAAAUUAACAUUGAUUAUUAAAUAUAAAGACAGUUAACAGAUGUGGAACUUAGAAUCUUACGUAUAAACGUUUUGGAAAAUAGCUUACGUACUUACUUAAAUAAUUUUAGACUUCAUAAGUUUUACAGAACAAACCUGCACACGAUUUGCAUGAAAACAUGGGAGAGCAAUGGCUACUUCAAAUGAUCUUGGUAAUGCUAACUGCCGACCUAUGCACAUUGGUAUCAGCUGAGGACUCACACAACAUGGAUUUCACACAACUUGCGUACGGAAUACCAGACAAAAGAUUAAGUAAAUUCGUACGAAUAGGGAGAGGACUAAGCUCGUUUAUAAGAAUAGGUAGAAACAAACCAAGUGAAAACAUUUACCAGGGUUUGGAUGAUGGGGAUGAUGACUUUGGGGAUUCGGAUGACGUAACAGAUUACAGUGCCUUCUCGGACGUUAUACCAGACGAUUACAGACAACAAGACAAAAGAAUGAGCUCGUUCGUUAGAAUUGGCAAAAACUUUGAGAGUGAUGAACCUGACAUUUAUGAAGAACCGGAGAAGAGGGCAGGAGCAUUCAUACGUAUGGGAAAAUUUCCCUCCUCUGCAUUCCUCCAUAGAAAUGGUGGAAGAAUCAACAGCAUUUCCAGACAACCGUACUACCGUCGAACUGGUAGAAUCGGACAUUCGUCUUUUAUACGCAUAGGUAAAAGGGAUACAACUGAAGCACUCAGAAAAGCAGAAUUUGAAAAUCAAAACGAGAUAUCAAAUGUAGGCGAUGAUCAAGGCAAACCUUCUUAUUAUGACGGACAGCAAAUUGUUAAUGAUGGUAAUGAACAAAGGCGAUAUAUUCGACUCGGUAAAGACUUGGAUGGCGAUGAACACGGAAACCGAUACGAUUACAUUCCCAUGGGAGAUUUACCAGAUAAACGCAUGAGCAGUUUUGUACGCAUCGGUCGAGAACCUGGUCAAAUGUAUGAAAACACAGAUCUUAAUCCAUUUGGAAUGUCGAAAAGACCAAACUCGUUUGUUCGUAUCGGUAAAGCACUCGAACAGCUGAGGAACACCAUCAAAAAGCGAAUGAGCUCUUUCGUACGUAUCGGGAGAAACCCAUUGGACCUUAUGCUUGACCAGGACGGAUCAAACAACAUUGGAGCCGACUCAACAAAGCGUAGUAGCGCGUUUGUACGUAUCGGGAAACAAGGUGACGCUUUAGAAGCUGACAAAAGAAUGAGUUCAUUUGUUCGAAUUGGAAAAGAUACUCGUUCCCUAGAUUAUAACAACGAACAAAAACGAUAUGGUUACGAACCGCCUUUUAAACGCAUGAGUUCAUUCGUUCGGAUAGGCAAAAAUGUAGAUGGAUUUCAGCAGGUUAAACGUCCCAGUGCUUUUGUUAGAAUCGGAAAGACUGUUCUUGAUGACAACACACCCGUCGUCGAUGAGAAUAAAAACGAUGUUUUUGUGGCGGUAAAGGGCGAAACAGGCACAACAGAACAGGCAGAAUGACAACUUAAAACUAUUCCAAACCAGCAUUUACUAAGUGUACUUGAAGGGGAAAUUUUGCUUACAAGAAAACGUUUCAUAUCAACAAUUGCCAAUCAUCUUACUGUAUUUAUUACCGGACAGAAGAUUGCGUUUUAGAGCCAAACGUUGAUUCGCAUCAAAGGAUUUCUUUCCAUGCUUUAUUUUGAGUUUGAUUAUUUACUCUUUGAAAAAUGAAAUAAAGAUGACAACUGCUUCGAUCAUGCAAGACAAUUUACUGUUUGAAUCCUAGAAAGUUUAAAUAAUGAUGAUAACUGCUCAUUAUGACUUAACAUUCGAUUUAAAAUUAGUUAUUAAUAAAA